AUGAUGGAUCGAAAGUCACUGAAUUCUUUAUCCAGCAGAAGAAGUUCAUUUGGCUCUAAAAGUUCUACAAUCGAAUGUUACUACACUGGGCAAAAAGAGUACCUGUACAAGCUCUCCGACAGGAUUACUCAGGGAGUUGAUAUUGUCAGUAUGGAGACGCAGGAUGUGCUGUAUUGUAUUUACGAAAAAUGGUCGCCGGUCAUGGGUCGGAAACUACUUGCGAUUAGUACCCCUUUGGGGGAGGUCAUGUUGUUCAUCUGUGAUCAUAUCUACGAUGGCAGACAUACUCUCCACGUGCCUCUUGUACUUAACAGUCCACAUGUGGUGAGCCCGGUCAGCUCGCCUCCGGACAUUUUUGCGCAAGUCAUCAGUGGUCGCAAAAGAGGGCAACGGACUGAAGACCCACUUCACAGGCGUCAGGCAAAAGACCACUUCACAGGCCACAGGCAAAAGAGUGCAGUCGUUCAGACUGGCGACCGACGGCAGGACCUACCGUCCAGUCCUACAAGAAAGGGUGUGUUCUGGCGCAAGAGUCUAAACCCCCCUGUGGGACCCGGCUUGAAUGCAUCCGGUCUGGAUACACCUAGGCUGAAAGAACCUGGGUUGGACACGCCUACGCAGGCCUACGCUGGGGCUCGCAAAGGUUCCUUGCGCCCAGGCUUCUUGCACCCAAGCUUCUUGCGCUCAGGUUCCUUGCAUCCUGACCGCACGUGCGUGCCCGCGGUACACAGCGAUGUUGACCCAAGCGGCGCGUCAUUAAACCCAUUAACGCCGUUGGAGCCGAGUGCCUCGCCGUUGGAGCCAAGUGCCUCGCCGUUGGAGGAGGAAAAAUCACGGCGCGGUGAAUCGCGACGUGGAGUGUUGCAGUACGACCUGGGCGACGUGGUAUGCGAAGUGACGCGGACGUCACACUAUCGCCAGGAGUACACACUCCAGGGCGAGUUGUUUCCGGUCCCGGUGCGUGCGAGGCGAACCCGGUCGGUUUUGACCGUAGGGCGUUAUGGCACGGCGGAGGACGCGACCUCCCGAGGGGGCUUGACUUCCGACGCUCUGUACUGCAUCCAGACACCGCCGGACGUGAGUCCGUUAUUGACUGUAGCCUUGCUCUGCAUCAUCGACUCCCAGCUCAAGAAGCCCUGGUGGUCACGACACCUACGCAAAGCUAAGCUUCCAAUUCACCGCCUGUGA